UUUUUUUUUUUUUUUCCCCUUUUAAACUUGUGGGCGCUGUUUUUUGACCCCCCACCCCCUCUUUUUAGGCUCAGUGCCGUCGGGGCUGGUUUUCUCGGUCCCUGACUAGCCGCGUUCUGCCCCUUCUCUCGCCACCCCCGUCCAAGGUCGCGCCCCCGCCCUCGCCCCUAGCCCGGGGGUGGGAAGCCUUGUCCCGCUCCCUGCCCACCCGCGUCUCCGCGGCCGGAGCCGCACCUGCCUCACAAUGAAUGGGGUCAACGACCCACCUCUUUUUAUAAAAGAUAUUAAGCCCGGACUGAAAAACUUAAAUGUCGUCUUUAUUGUCUUGGAGAUAGGACGCGUGACCAAAACCAAAGACGGCCAUGAAGUGAGAUCAUGCAAAGUAGCAGAUAAAACGGGCAGCAUCACUAUUUCCGUGUGGGAUGAAAUCGGAGGUCUUAUACAGCCAGGGGAUAUUAUUCGGUUGACCAGAGGGUAUGCAUCUAUGUGGAAAGGAUGUCUGACACUUUAUACUGGAAGAGGUGGUGAACUUCAGAAAAUUGGGGAGUUUUGUAUGGUUUAUUCAGAAGUGCCAAAUUUUAGUGAACCCAAUCCAGAUUAUCGAGGACAACAGAACAAAGGGGCACACAGUGAACAGAAGAAUAAUUCCAUGAAUAGCAAUAUGGGUACAGGUACAUUUGGACCAGUGGGAAAUGGGGUGCAGACUGGCCCAGAAUCAAGGGGAUGCCAAUAUUCAUAUGCUGGUAGAAGCAGUGGCCGGGGAUCUGUAAAUCCACAGUUACCAGGAACAGCUAAUAAUCAGACAGUCAUGACCACAAUAAGGAAGUCUCCAAAACCAAAGCAAAAUGAGUUACAAUCCAUAGUGAAUAUUUGCCUUUCCAGUCUGCUUGGACAGUACUCAUCAAGAAGUUAAGAGGAAGAAAGUUUCCUACCUUCCUCCUUCCUGGUGCUUUCAGCUGUCAACUUUGAAAUAAGUUUAUAAACACCUACAGCAAACAAAAGCCAUUUAGUAUAGAAAUACACAUACUACGAUCGGGCCCCAUUUCAUUUCUACAAAGCGGUUUUGAAGUGAAUUAAAGUUUAAUCAAUGAGCUUGCCCUCCUGUAUGGGCGGGUUCUUGGGGAGUUGCUGCUGUACCAAAAUGGAGAGAUGAAAUCCAUAAGGCCAGAUGAUGAUAUGUUACAGUGAAGACUGCAGUAUGUUUCCCAUAAGCAUUUAAACAGGUUUUCCUAUAGUAUACUGACUCUUUUUUUGCUUUCUUCCUGUAGUUUCAGUAAUUAAAUUUGAGGGCAGUUUAUUUGGAAUACCCUGAGUAUAAUACUGGGUAUCUGUCAUGUAUUUUUAUCAUUCAACAUUUUUUUUUUUUUAAGAUUUAUGCAUACAAGAGCUGGGGUGCAGGCCAAGGCACAGGAGUGAGAGGAUUCACCAGAGACAGAGUGGGAAACAGAGCAGGCAGAUUGACCAAAGUACACUGCUGAGGGGUGCAGCGGGCAAGUCUGGAGAGGUCUGCGUCAUGUGGGUUGCUCCCUAGCUGGCCAGGAAUCCAACUCUUGGGUUGCAGUGUCUGCGGACAGCUUCAUAGGUUGCAUCUUAAACCUUGUGCCACCGGGGAGGCCCCUAUCAUUUAACAUUUUGAAAGAAUUUAAUUUGCUGGGCUGAAUGCUAAGUGAAUGAUGCUAAAAACGUGAAAUUAGUGAAAAAUUAGGGUUAUAGUUUAUGAUAUGAGAAUGUUCAAUGUAUAGGAAGGUGGUUAACUGGCCCUUUUUUCAGAAGGUAUAAAUUGUGAGUAUUCAUGUCAGUCUGAUGACACAGUGGCAGUUAAUAAUUUUUAAUAGGUCUGACAUUCCAGGUUAGUUACUGAAAUAAUGUUCUUUUCCAGAUUACAGUAAGGUCGGUUUGCUCCAAGCAGUGUUAGGCUGCUUAAGAACAUUUUCUCAAGUAUUUUUGGAAUGGUUCUGGAGGUAAAAAACUUGGCAACUGAGAAUAGUACCAGUGUGGAACUAUCCCAAGCUAAGUCUCUUCUCUCUAGUUUUAUUUCUGGGGUUAUCUGUCCUAAGGUGGCUUUUAAAAAAAAAAAUCUGUUCUUUUGAUUUAUUCCCUAUCUGAUGAGAGAGUCUCAACAUUUCUAGUAGAGAAGAAGGUCACAGUUCUCUAAUGCGAGUUACAUGACGGGUAAAAGGCACAUUAUCCUUUGCCCUGGUGAAAAUAGAGGUUCCAGGCAAUGAUUCAGGUGAUUGGUCCUACAUUUCACAAAGUACAUGCAAUGAUUAACAGUUAAGGUAUGUGUCUGAAGAAAUCUCACUGUGAUGUUUGGAAAACAACACUGUCAUACGUGGUGUGUUAGACCCUUUGAGGGAGAAGCCAGAAAAACUACUUUUGCAAGUAUAUUCAGAUUUUCUCCACAUUUCUUGACAGUUUCUUUAGUAGGCUUGCAUCAGUUUGUGUUGAAAUACUGUAACCAAAUUACAACAGGGUUCUGAGCAAAAGGGUAUAAUAAUGUUUGUUAAAACAAACACAGGUUAAGGUGAGAGGAAAAAUCAAGUCCAUGAAAAAGCCAUUUAGCAUUUUCCCUUGUUAAGAACAUUGGCCCAAAGAUCUUACUAAGCUGUUUGUGCUAUGAUAUUGUAACCUGUGUGCUGUAAGGAAAAUGAACAUUUUAAUUAGUUUGCCUAGUAGACAUUUCACUUAAGCCCUUUGAAAGGCAUUGAUAGGUAAACCCAUAAUUGUGGUUCCCCAAGUUUUGAGGUUCGGUUAGUAGCUGUUGAAUAGCACCAAGGUGAUAUUCCCAUUUCUAUAUAUACACCCUUAAUACCACAUAUGUGCGCUACAUAUACACACAUGCAUUUUAACUUAUGUGAGGCUAGAAUAUACUAAGGUUUUAGACUGUAAAACAGGGUAAUUGUGUCUGGAAGCAUCUGCGACCAGAGGGCAGAACAGAUGGGUAGAGUAGACCAGUCCCAAGUAGAAAAAGUUUUGAGUGUGGCCUUUGUAUGUGAGCACUGAAUUUGAUUUGGUUCAAGUAAAAUCAUGUAUAUGUUAAGAUGAGAUAUAAUGGGAUCGGCUGGCUUCACCUCUGCCUAUGUAGAUUGACGUACAAAUAAUUCACCAUAGUUUUCUGUUAAAAAUCUUAUAUAGGUUUGGUUUUCCUCUUAGCAAGUUUUUAUUUGCAGCAUCUUAUACCUUACUCCUAUCCCCAGAAUUAAUCAGACAAAAAUUCCUUAACUGAGAAGAGUAGUGGAAGACUAGAUAAAUUGCAAACUAAUGGGUCCAAGGCAUGAUGAACAUUUCUGAGACUAUCUGUAGAACCUACUAGCUACAACAAUUUUGACAGGUAACACGCAAAGCAUAGUUUGACUUCCUUGUGGGUCUAGUCUUCGGUUUUAAAUAUUUACAACCCUAGUAGGAGACCAAGACCUCUGAAAUGGGUUACUGGUCUAUAAAUAGAUGGGUUGAGAGCACAACUAGUGCCAUCUACUGGGAGAUUACAGUCCUGUACUUGGGAGUCUGGCUGAAUGUGUGGGACAGUGCUCCAUUAUUGCAUUGGAGUAUUUUUACCUGAUGGGCUUAAGCAUGAUAGGGAAUUUAGCUGUAGGAAUAAGCAGCACUGUGACAUCAAAAGUAACGACCCCAAAGCUACAGAAAAUGGGUAAAAGCCUGCCAAUUUUGUAUUUAGCAAUGGCGGAAUGGGUAAUCAAACUUUGGUGGUGGCUUUACGGUAAUAAUAGUUGGAAGAAAAACAUGACCGCAGCCCUUACAGCUUUUACUCCCUUAUUGGUGGUACUUGGUAAAGUCCUAGCCAAAUGCUGUUUUUGUAGUUACGUGAGGUUUGCUGAAUGUAACCUAAAUGUCAGGGACAGUAUGCUCUGGUGAAAAGAUUUGAAGCUGAAGUGAUCUUGGUUUGAGUUCCAGAUCCAGUGUUUAUUGGCCUAUGACAAUGAGCCCUGUUUUAAAAUAAGGAUAAUGUACUCAAAAAACUACGAGGACUAAAUGAGCCAAUGUAUGCAAAGUAUGUCCCUACUGCGCUCAACAAAUGUUAAAUCUCGUGAGGAGCAACGGAAAUGCAAGGCAAAUACGGUCUUUUUUCCAUGCCAUUAUUAGAAACCAGUCAUAUCAUCUAUAAUUUUAAAAAUGUAUUAUGCAACAUACAAGUUAGGUGUUUUUUUGUUUGUUUGUUUGUUUUUUAAGCCAUCAUGCUUUUAUAGUCUCGGUGCAGAAAAAUAGAAUGCCCAUUUAUGGUGACAGCCUGUAGGGUUGAGACCUUAUCACAAAAAUCUGCCUGGAAGACGAGUAUCCUGAUAUUUUUCCAUUCACCUUUGACCAGAGGGUGAGGGAGUAGUUAAGAAAGUGCAGAGAGAUAGGGAGAACAUGGUGAGCCAGAGUUUGUGCCAGAGAGGUUAGUGGCCAAGGGGAAGGCCUAGGCUACACUGGAGGGAAUGCUGCACCCCCAGUGGCAGCCUUUGGGAUUGCUGUGUGCCCAGAUGCAGAGAAGUUGCUGAUAAAGCACUGGGUAACAUUUCUCAGUGUUUUAAUUAGGAAGGAAUUCAAGCAUACAACGAUGUUGAAUUUUAGUGUAAAUACCUGUGUACUCAGUACCUGGAUUUUUACCUUUAACAUCUGACUGUAAUUGUUUUAUCACAUCAUUCCAUUCAUUAAUGGAAUUAAAUCCAUUUCAAGUAAACUGCAGCCAUAAGCACUAAGUACAUAGCUGUUUCAGCAUGCCUAUUCACAUGCAAAAUUUACAAAGAAAGGAAUAUUAAUGCUCAGUCUCAAACACCUGUUAAGAUAUGAAACAAUGUCAUUACUCCAGAAAUACCCCUCAGUCUCCCUCACCAUGACCCCAGUGGCAGUAACUCUUCUCAUAUUUUAAAAACCUUUUUUAGCUUAACUGAAAGGAAAAGUAUAUACGCCAAGGUCAUCUCUAUAUCUCACUGAGUUAUGUCACGCCAAAGCCAUGCUAGAGCACGCCCCCAGUGGAGCCUCGUUACACAAAUUACAAAUGUAAUUUUAAGGCCUUGGUUUUUAUUCUGACUACUUGUUUUAGUUUAUCAUCAGCUCUACAUUAAAUUUUUUCCCCCUCAAGAUUUAUACCUGGUAGGCUAGCCCCCUAGGGCAGAAACUGCUAGAGUGAAGACCGGCUGAGUAAGAACAAUUGCUUUUCUAGGACUGUGGCUGGAGGAGUUGGCAAUGGGCUUGUACCACUGCUUCAGCUUCUUUAGGUGAAGAGCGGGGGAGCUUCUGGCAGGAAGUCCUCUGAGCUGGGAGUACAAGAAGUAGAAGGGAUACACUGGAACUUGAGAGUUUUCAGGACUGCUGUUCAGCUAUUCAAGUUUUGAUUCUGAAACUGAUUAUUUAAAAAGAUUUAUGCAUACAAGAACUGGGGUGUAACCUAGAGAUGUGAGGGGUGAGAGGAUUCACCAGAGAGAUUGGGGAGCAGAACAGGCAGAUGUACUGAAAUACACUGGUGAGGGGAGUAGCAGGCAAGGCAGGAGAAGUCUGCUGUGCCAUGUGGGUUGCUCCCUGGCCACCCUGGAUCGAACUUGUGCUGCAGUGGCUGGCAAUAGCUUGAUAGCGCUGCCUUUAACCCCUGUGCCACCAGGGAGGCCCUAAAACUGAUUUUCUUAAGGUACAAACUAACUUUCAGUGUCAUUUACUCUUCAGGGUUUUGUCUUUUCCUAUAGGUAGGGAUUUGGAAUUGGCAUGCUCAGUGUAUAAGUUCCUUCCAGGCAAAGAGACCCUACCACUCAUUUUACAGGAAAACGUCCCUAAAUGAAACAGACUAAAGAAAAUACAAUUGUGUGGGGCCUCCCUGGUGGCUCAGCAGGUUGAGCACAGCACUGUGAAGCUGUCCGCAGCUUCUGCAGUGCAGGUUUGAUUCACGGCCAGCCAGGGAGAUACCCACAUGGCGUGGCAGACCUCUCCUGUUUCUCCUGCUGCUCCCCUCAGCAGUGCUUUCUGUCUAUCUGCCUGUUCUGCUCCCUGCUCUGUCUCUGGUGAAUCUUCUCACCCUACCGUGCCUCUGGGCUGUACCCCAGCUAUUGUAUAAAUAAAAUCUUUUUAAAAAAAAAGAAAAUACAAUUGUGUGUUCUUAGCCAGUGCAUGCACACGUAUACACAGUCAUUGCCAACAAAGCCAUUUCUGCAUUAAGUUCCACAUUAACCUUUUUGAUUUUUUCCUCCUUUCCUUCCAAUUUGGUGCUUAUAUGACCUCUGCGCCACUAUAAUAAGCUACCCAUAAUUUAAUGAGCACUUACUAGGUGCCAAUACUAUGCUACAUUAUCUCAUUCUAAACCCUGCUAGGGAGAUUUUGUCAUUUUAUAGAAUAAUAUCUAGGAUUGAGUAAUUUGAGAUCACCCAACCAGGAGAUGACAACCUUUCUCACACCAAAGCUUGCACUAUUGAGGAGUUUGGACACCCAGGUUCCUGCCAACUCAUGAGCCAGUGCUAGUUGAGUUACCUUUAAGACAGUAGGUUCAGCUAGGCAGAGAGGAAGAUGGAGAACAGAAAUAAAGAAAUGGACAUUCAUUUUUUUUUACCUGGGAUUAGUUAUACUCUAGAUGUGAUAAAAGCCAAUAGUUAAAUUUACACUACAAUAAAAAUGGUAUGUUGAUGGAGAAAAUGGAUAAUUGGAUACCCUCCCCAUAUGCACAUAUUAGACAUGAGUAAAUUCCCCCAUCACUUAGAAAUGAAAACUUUUCUAACAAUGGCUAAAAAACAAGAAACAUUAAAUGAUUGACAAAUUUGACCACACUUUUGUGGUUAAAUUAUAAAAAUCUGGAAAAAAUAUUUGUAAUUUAUAUCACUGUCAGAGGGCUAAUAUUCCUAAUAUAUUAGCAUGGAGCUUGUAAAAAUAGAGAAGACCAAUCAAAAAUGUCAAGAUAUACAAGCAAUUCAUAGGAAAAAAAACAACCUCAAAUGUCUCUUAAGCAUAUGAAAUAAGCAUCCCUCAUAAUGAGAGAUGCAAAUUAGAAUGCCAUCAAAAUACCAUUAAUCAUUUUAGAUUGACAAAAAUAAAGUUUGAAAAUGUUCUCUAUUGGUGACACUGAAAAGAGAGGAACUUUCAUAGUUGGAGGGAAUGCAAAUUG